UAUGGAUGAACAAACUCGUCUGGCGAAAUUUGAAUCCAUGAGGAAGCAGACAAAUCAUAAACAACUAUUUCUCAAUCAUCAAGAGUUGGCAAAGCAUAGAGACAGAGUUAUAAGACGCUAUGCUUUAGACGCAAAAGUUGCUACUUCAGAUAUUCAACGUCAACAGUAUUACAUGGAAUUAAAAAAGGAAAAGUUGAGAAAAGAUAUGAAAAAAUUGGAUUUAAGAAGAGAGAAGACUCAUACGUAUUUUAGAAGAAUAGACAAUCGUCAUCUAGAAAGAGAAAGAACUUUUAAAUAUGACUUUGCCAAUCCUUCAACGAAUCGAUUCCAAUUAGAUAGGAUUCUAGGUAAACUUUUCACACUACCCUCGAUUGCUACUAACGAGAGAGCCAAUAAGGGUUGA